AUGUCCGAGUUGGGGGCAAGCACCUUCUGGCGUCCCCUAAUAGACCAGCUGCAGAACUGUGCCCCCGAUGAUCCCAUUCACAAAUGUUUCUCAGCCGGUAUGGGCAAGGAUAUCCUGGAACAGGCUGAUGAACUUUUCAACCUCGCGCACAGAAAGCUCCAUACUUUCCCCUUCAAGGAUGUCCAGCCUUGUUGGUUUCGCCUCUACACGGACGCCAGUAUCGUUCAAGUGCUGAAGUUGCUUGGUGUCACUUCUCCUGCCCUGGAAGAUUCGAUGCUAUCUGAGUCUCUGAAAAUCCAUCUCGAUGAGGUUGUGUCCAUACUAGACAUGGCUUUAAUCAUGGCUGGGGGCCUGGGACGAGAACAGCUGAUCCACGAUAUCUUGGCCAAAUUAAAAGCUGCCAAUGUAAGUGACGAGAAAGACGAGGAGCGCUCACGAAAGAGAAGGCGAGUCGAUGGGAAGUCUGGGUCUGGUGAAAUCCCCGAUGAUCUCCUGCCUGCAGAAAGCGUCUCCAUACCUACCAUUAAAUUUCCAGUCCUGCAGAUGGAUCGGCCAAGCCUCACGAAGUUCUCCCAGCACAUUCAGCAAAUACGGGAACCUGUGGUCUUGACAAACACCAUCAAUCAUUGGCCAGCUCUUGAAAAAUGGCAUCGUACUUCCUUUUGGCUCGACGCUACGAUUGGCGGCCGUCGCCUUGUCCCGAUCGAGGUUGGACGAAGCUACACUGAUGAUGACUGGAGCCAGAAGAUUAUGCCCUUCAGAGAGUUUCUAAGUCUCUAUUUACUACAAUCAUCGGAUGAUGGAUCAAGCAGAAGCCCUAGAAAUAAUGAUCAGACGGGAUAUCUGGCGCAGCAUGAUCUUUUCAAACAGAUUCCAGCCCUUCGAAAUGAUAUUGCAACCCCAGACUAUUGCUACCUGGAAGCUCCGCCUCCUGAACCUAACACGCCAGUAGCCUUGAGCAAGGCAAAGGAGGGAGUGAAGAAGACAAGUCAUCCCACGACCAUUCCUCCUUUCCCUGAGUUGCCCGACAAGGACGAUGCUGAUGAGACGGGACCUGGGGGCGAGGCCCAGACCAAUAUCUGGUUUGGCCCUGCAUGGACGAUCUCGCCGCUCCAUCACGAUCCAUACCACAAUAUCCUGUGCCAGGUCGCUGGCAGAAAAUACGUGAGAUUGUAUUCACCACACCACAGCAAAGCGUUAUUACCUAGACCCGAAGACGAGCCUGCUCCUCAUCACAAACCAGGUAGUGUAGACGACGGAGAGCAGCACGGUGACACAAUUGACAUGUCAAACACUUCACAAGUUGACCUCGCCGCCAUCGAACUGUCCCCAUUCGAAGAUUGGGACGAGGUUUACCCCGGGAUUAAUCAAGUGCCCUACGUUGAGUGUGUCCUCGAGGCUGGCCAGGCGCUCUACAUACCUAUCGGAUGGUGGCACUACGUGCGGAGCUGUUCCGUGGGAAUAUCUGUGAGCUUUUGGUGGUGA